CGGCAUCAGUUGACAGCUGAACAUCAUCUACACAGCUUUGCAAUUUUACUGUGAACAGCACAAACAGGACUGAAUAUGAAGACUAUUAUGUUGUGUUUCGGUGCCGUCUUGUUGGGAGCUCUUGCCGAGGCUGCUGCCGAUCCUCAACACUAUCCGAAACCAGCGUAUCCAGCUCCGUACGGCCAAAAGAGCGAGUACAAUUAUUGUGAUCCUCGCAAAGCACCAAAAUGCGCCGAAAAAGGCAAUGAAACAUUUUGCCUUAAGGACUCUGAAUACCCAUUAAAAGAAGUUAAGUACGCCAUCGAGUACGAUCCAUUGGUGUUGAUGAAAUACGCUGAUGUUGCUGAUCAGUCGGCUGAUAACUUAGUCGAUGGCUUGACAUCCUUAUCGGAGAACCAUUUCGACUACCCUGAUUAUCACGGCAAGACUUUUGAAAAGAGCAACUGGGUUGGAGACGAAGGAUACAUCUGCCCCAGCGACGUCCUCUACACCCGUCCCCUUCGUGCAGUGAAUACUGACGGUGAAUGGCGUGUCAUCGUGCAAGAUAUUGCAUGGCCAGGAUACACGCAAACCCAACGGAUCGAGACUUGUUUGUUCGCUGGAGCAUCUUGUCGUACUGUCGCCCCUUGCUAUGGCAGCAAAUGCCUUCAAAAGUACGUCUAUCAGCGGAUGCUCUCCUUCAAUCCCUGUGAUCCUGAGAAGGGCAUUUUUGUCGACAUCUACCAAUUGCCAUCGGCUUGCUCCUGCAAUGUUCCUCGUAAAGUUUCAAUGAAUUACAAAAUUACGAAUGUUUACACUAUUCCCUUUCGAGCAAACAGAACUUUAUACACUAAAUCCAAGUCUAUUAUUUAAUUACAAUGUGGGCAUAGAAUAAAAUGGUCCUUACGUCA